AUGCUUACACCUCUUCUUGAGGAAAACCCUCAAGUUCGCCUUGUCGAAGAUAUCCUACAAAGGAUAUCCGAACUCAAUGAGAAGAAAGAGAUCGCCGAGGAGAAGGUAAACUGGCUCACGAAGGAAGCCAUGGACAUGGAGCAUAAGUUGAGCUUCCACAUGGCCCUGGCGAGCAAGGCUAAAGGGCUGACCGAGGACAACCGUCCCUACCGCAAGGAUCUGACACCUGAAGAGGUUAGGCAGGCACAAGAGCCGGAUUACAAUGCUCUUAUUGAACAGAUUCAGGACUGGGUCCAGAAGCUCAUGAACCCCUGGUUGGAGGACUGUGGCGAUGAUGCUCAUGCUUUUUUGACACAUGUGAAGAGGCGCAUAGUCGAUGCUGACAGAUUCAAGAGAAUUCUCAGAGAAUACCUGGAUCUGAUGAAUGGUCUAAAUUUCUCAGAGCCUGACAAGGCCAUCGUCUGA